AGGAAGAGGGAGAGGAAGAGGAAGAGGAAGAGGAGAUAAAGAGAGAGAAAGAGAGAGAGAAAGAGAGAGGAAAGAUAGGUGCUCGCAAAAUUCGCCGGUACGAAAGGUAGGACCGGCGGCGAGCGUUCGAAGGACCUCUCGACGAGGGGAAGUAGAUGGCCGCUACCACGUACAUGCCGGUUAGUAGCGCAGUGUCGGCCGAGCUGGAUGGUGGUUCGGGUACAACAAUCGGGAUGAACAUCGCCGUGGGUGGCUAUUCCUCGGGCUCGCCCCGCAGCGCCGCCGACGCCGGCGAGAUGAAGUAUAUGCCGGCGCCGCAGCAUCAUCAUCAUCACCACCAUCAUCACCAGGUGACGUCGUCCCCGUCGCCGAACGGACUCUCGCAUCCGGCGGCGAGCCUCUCCUCGGCUAACCCAUGGGUCAGCUUGCAACCCGGUAGCGACCCUUGGGCAGCCUCGAUGGGGAUGCAUCACACGAGUCAUCAUCCUCACCAUCAUCCCCAUCAGGCUAACGCGAGUCUAGAUGUGAAACCUUUAACGGCCGCCGCCGCGGCGGUGAACGCCGAUCAGGGCAUGCACCAUCGCGGCCCUCAUCAAUCCCCUGGAAUGGCGUCGCCGCAUUCCUGGCACGCGCCCGUCGUACCCUCGGCUCAUUACAAUCCGAGCGGCGGCGCGGCGUCCCCGACUACCCUCCAACAGUACCACGCGGCGAUGAACGGCAUGCUGCACCAACACUCUCACCAGCAUCCCCAUCAGCUGCACAAUCACCAGGCCGGCCUUCCUCAUCAUCUCAGGGACGCCCACAAUCACAGUCCGCCGACGGGUCAUCCGCUUCACCCGGGACAUCCCCUCGACAGGGAUCACAGUGCCGGCGAGGAGGACACGCCGACGUCCGACGAUCUCGAGGCGUUCGCGAAACAAUUCAAACAGAGACGCAUCAAGCUCGGUUUUACCCAAGCCGACGUUGGCCUCGCGCUCGGUACCCUUUACGGCAACGUAUUCUCGCAAACGACGAUAUGCAGGUUCGAGGCGUUGCAGCUGAGCUUCAAGAACAUGUGCAAGCUGAAACCUCUUUUACAAAAGUGGCUCGAGGAGGCGGACUCGACGACGGGCUCGCCUACGAGCAUCGACAAGAUCGCGGCGCAAGGUAGAAAGCGAAAGAAGAGAACGUCGAUCGAGGUCUCGGUUAAGGGUGCUUUGGAGCAACACUUUCACAAACAGCCGAAACCGUCGGCCCAAGAAAUCACGACGCUGGCCGACAGUCUGCAGCUCGAAAAGGAAGUCGUAAGGGUAUGGUUCUGUAACCGACGGCAAAAGGAAAAGAGGAUGACGCCGCCUAACACGCUCGGCGACGGCAUCAUGGAAGGCAUGCCGCCGGGUCAUCAGGGACAGGGUGGCCUCCAUCAGGGAUAUCACCCGCAGGAUCACCUACACGGCUCGCCCAUGGGCCAUAGCCACAGUCCCCCGAUGCUAAGUCCUCAAGGUCUUACGGCCCACUCGUUGGCGGCUCACUAGCGUUCGCCGGGGCCUCCCCCGUUGGGCCUCGCAUUAACCUCUCAAAACGCGCCGAAUUCCUCCGCGUCCUCGUCCGCGCCACCGCCGCCCCCGCCUCCAACGGCGGAGAGUCUACCGCACUUUUAUCAACACUAUCUGCAAACCCGUACGGGUUAUGCCGGUAGCUCGUAGCUCUAGGCGGACAACCUACGCUCUCAAAUCCCGCGACGAGGAAAGAAAAAAGAUGAAUAAUAAAGAUUACAAAUUCAUGCAACAACAACAACAACAACAACAAUAAUAGUAGUAAUUGCAACCAAAAUAAUAAUAACAACAACAACAAACAACAUCCAAAAAUCAAGGAGGAAGAAUGGUACGAGAACUAAUUAAACGGGAUUUUAUAUAUAUAUACACAUGCAUAUAUAUAUAUACACACACGCGCGCAACCAAUCUACGCGGAUGGAUUGUUUCAUUCGACGACGAGGUUCAACGGGGCCUAACGAGGCCGGCACUUGGGGGCCCGUACACACCGGGGAGGCUGACGAGAGCUCCGAUGAUGCUCCGAUGUUCGAUGCUGCUCUGCUGUUGCUGCUGUCGCUCUUGAUAAAACUCCUUUAAUAAUUUCGUUCUCUCUCUCUUUACUCUCUCCUUCGUUCUCUCUCUCUCUCUCUUUCUCUCUCUCUCUCUCUCUCUCUCUCGCACUCUCGCACUCGCACUCGCUCUCUCUUUCGUUCUCUACUACGAUAGAGAUGGACUUCAAGAUUGACGAAGAGAGGGAGAGGGAAUUAACGUAAAGGACGAAUCGACGACAACCGUCCUGCUAAACGUCGCAGAGAAUACAAAAUCGUGACGAGAAAAUCGACGGUCCGUCAAAACACAUGGGACUUUGGAAACGUCGCUCGUUCGUCCCUUGUUCGACGAGUGUCGUUUUUAUUGUGUAAACAAUCUCUCUUUUACUCUGUUUCUGUAUCACUUUUUCUCUCUCUCUCUCUCUCUUUCUCUCUCUCUCUAUAAAUAUAUAUAUAUAUACACACAUAUAUAUAUCUCUCUUCCCAUAUUUCUCUCAUUUUCUCUUUACAUACUUUAUCAGUGCGCGUUUCGAAGAAAGACAAUGGCGAAGACGAAAACUGGACUGGAAAUGUUUCGGGUGAAUUAUGAAAAAGAGAGAGAUAGAGAAUGCCUGAAGAACGAGCACGACGAAUGAGAACGGAGAA